AAAUCUGUGGAAUCUGGCCAGAUUCCAGCGUCCCGACAUCCUCACUGGGGGCAGGAAUCCCUUCCCUCCCUGCUAGCUCAAAAAACUGAGAUUUAAAGGGUCACACGGAAAGAAACCUGUUAUUUUUCCUCCGCAGAGGACUCUCUGCUUUAUAAAACAUAUUUCGUUGCUUGAAUGCUUCAUUAGAAUCCCCAAAUCCUGGAGUGGUGGGGUGGGAAGGGCCCUUUGGAGCUCGUCCGGUCCCAGCUCCAGCUAAAGCAGGAUCACCUCACGCUGGCUGCACAGGAGCAUGCCCAGGCAGGUUUGGAUUUCUCCAGAGAAGGAGACUCCACACCUCCCUGGGGAGCUGCUUCCAGUGCUCCAGCACCCACACAGGAAAGAAGUUUCUCCUCAUGUCCAGAAGUCUUCAAGCGGGUGAAGUCGUCCAGACUUUGGCGGCGCUGGGUCCUGAACGCGGAGGUGUCGGAAAAAGCAGGGAGAAACACAAGCUAUUGAUCCAGCAGCGCCUCUCCCUCGGGGUCCAUCUGUGCAGUCUCUUGCUGAUGUACCUGCUCUAACAGCGCCAGAGGGACCCAGGAGCAGCCAUCCACAGGGCCCUCGGCAGGGAGCCUCCACCAGGAAGCAGGAUGAAGAUCGUGGUAGCCAAAGUGCUGUGUCUGUUUGGCAUCUUCAUCCUCAUGCUGGCUGGAUCCCUCCUCCCUGUCAAGAUAAUUGAGGCCGAUUAUGAGAAGGCUCAUCGCUCCAAGAAGGUUCUUGCCCUCUGCAAUUCGUUUGGAGGAGGGGUCUUCCUGGCCACCUGCUUCAAUGCCUUGCUGCCGGCUGUGAGAGAAAAGCUCAGUGAAGUCCUCAAGCAGGGGAAUGUGACCACGGACUACCCAGUGGCCGAGACCAUCAUGAUGGUUGGCUUCUUUGUGACCAUCUUUGUGGAGCAGCUCAUCUUGACGUUCCAGAAGGAAAAGCCCGCCUUCAUUGACUUAGAGACCUUCAAUGCUGGUUCGGAUGUUGGGAGUGACUCUGAAUAUGAGAGUCCCUUCAUCGCAUCUUCCCGAGGGCGCACGUUGUACAGUGAACACGGUCACCACUCCCACACCCAUGGGCUGAAUAUCCAGGAGCUCUCCCGCUCCAGCCCCUUGCGGCUCAUCGGGCUGGUGUUUGCGUUGUGUACGCACUCCAUUUUUGAGGGACUGGCCCUGGGCUUGCAGGAGGAGGGUGGAAAAGUCGUCAGCUUGUUCCUAGGAGUUGCCAUUCACGAGACACUGGUAGCAGUGGCAUUGGGCAUCAGCAUGGCCAAAGCCUCCCUGCCACUGAAGGACGCUGUGAAGGUGGCUGUGACUGUGAGCCUGAUGAUUCCUCUGGGAAUUAGCAUUGGGAUGGGGAUUGAGAGCACUCAAAACGCAGCCAGCAACAUUACUUCCCUGCUCCUGCAAGGCAUCGCAGGGGGCACUUUCUUGUUUAUCACCUUCUUUGAGAUCCUUGCAAAGGAGUUGGAAGACAAGAACAACCGUCUCUUGAAGGUUCUUUUCCUGGUGCUGGGCUACGUGGCUUUGGCUGGGCUGGUCUUCUUCAAGUGGUGAGCACCAAA